CGGGGCGCGGCGGAGCGCAGCGCACGUGAGUCCGCGCCACGUCGCGGGCGCCCUCGCGGGUGGCGCAGUCCCCGGAGGAGCAGCGCCUGGCCGCCCUGAGCCGGCCCCCAGCUUCGGACGCAGUUUGCCGGCGCCGGAGGGCGGCGGCGGCCCCGGGGAUGCGUCCCCCCUGCCGCCCCGCGGUCCCCACGGUGCGGCUGCUGCUGCCGCUGUUGCUGUCGCUACUGGGGGCGCCGCGCGGCGUGGGCGCGGGGCCGGCCGAGCUGCGGGUCCGCGUGCGGCUGCCCGACGGCCAGGUGACCGAGGAGACCCUGCAGGCCGACAGCGACGCCGACAGCAUCAGCCUGGAGCUGCGCAAGCCCGAUGGCACCCUGGUCUCCUUUACCGCCGACUUUAAGAAGGAUGUGAAAAUCUUCCGAGCCCUGAUCCUGGGGGAGCUUGAGAAGGGGCAGAGUCAGUUCCAGGCCCUCUGCUUUGUUACCCGGCUGCACCGCAAUGAGAUCAUCCCUAGUGAGGCCAUGGCCAAGCUUCGGCAGAAAAACCCACGGGCAGUGCGGCAGGCUGAGGAGGUGCGGGCCCCGGAACAGCUGCACAUGGACAUCGCUGUGAACUUCAGCCAGGGGGGCCUGCUGAGCCCCCAUCUCCACAACGUGUGCACCGAGGCCACAGAUGCCAUCUAUACCCGCCAGGAGGACGUCCGGUUCUGGCUGGAGCAAGGUGUGGACAGCUCUGUGUUUGAGGCUCUGCCCGAGGCCAUGGAGCAGGCAGAGCUGUCUCACUGCAGGCAGGUGGGGGACCGCGGGAAGCCCUGUGCCUGUCACUACAGCCUGAGCCUGGCCUGGUACCCCUGCAUGCUCAAGUACUGCCACAGCCGAGAGCGGCCUGCGCCCUACAAGUGUGGCAUCCGCAGCUGCCAGAAGAGCUAUAGCUUUGACUUCUACGUGCCCCAGAGGCAGCUGUGUCUCUGGGAUGAGGAUCUUUAGCUGGGCUGUGGGGAGAGGGGAGCGUGGGGGUGGCUGCUCAGGGCCCACUUCUCCUCCCCUGGCCACCUGAGGCCUUAUUUCUUUUAUGUGCUCCUGGCCCUGAAGCCUCAGGGCCCCUGUACGACAUGACUGUGAAAGGGGGUGCACAGCAGGGGUGACUCAUGAAGGCAGCCCCCAUGCCCACCCUGUGCCUUCCUUGGGGGCAGUGAGGGACAAAGCAGUUCUCCCAACGUGCACCCCACCCUCCUCAUCUCCCCUGAAGUGUUCACUUUCAAGCAACCAAAAUGUGACAGCCUAGGAUUCUUCUAUGGAACCCUGUAGACCAUAAGAGGGGUCUCUGCCUGCAACACCCACCUCCCCACACACAUCUAGGAGGACCUGGCCCUGCCAUACCUUCUCUUUCCACACCAGUGAGGGGAUCCUUAGCCCCAAAGAGGAGGCUGUUGUGGCCCGAGCCUCAGCGGUGUGUGGAGCCAGCUGAGAAACCUGCCACCCUGAGACCAACCAUUGUGCCUUUCCACAGACCAGGACUUAGCACCAGAGGCGGCACCAGCUCCUCUUCCUUCUAAACAGAAGUAUUUCUGUAAGGUUCUGGGGCAGGGAGGGAGCAUGAAGUAUGAGGAAAACUUGAAUUCCAGAUUUUUAAUACAAAGUAUUUAUCAUUUGUACCAGAAAUAAAAGUUUAAAUUUUUACUUGACCUAUAAGCACUACACCUGGAGUUCCGAGAGACUUUUUGUCCAGUGCUGCCACCUGGUGUCAGAAGUGUUCCCCUGCACCAUCAGUGAGCAGCCUAGGGACAGAAACUCAAAAGCACCUGCUGUGUGUUCUGCCAUUUGAGGAGAGAGGAGGUGCAGGUCAGUGCGUUCCUAGGGACGGAAGGAUAAGAUGAAACCUCUGCACUCAUGAGGAUGAGACAAGAGGCUGAGGGUAUAGCUCAGUGGCUGAGAAUGUUCCAGGCCUUGGGUUCUAUCUCCAGCACUGAAAAAGAAAAUAGAUAGGAAAAAAAAACACCAUAGUAAGUGCCAGGACAAAGUAAGAUUGAGACAGGAACCAGACAUCAUAUUCACAUCCAGGCCCUAUUGCUUACUUGCUGUGCAUUCUUGGGUCACAUGACUUUACCUCUGUGCCUUAGCUAUAACAUUUAAUUCGUGAGACUAAAGUGAAUUUAUAAAAGUG